CCGCAUUUCGCCACUGACAUCCAAAGAUGGGCCCCGACUCAAACCCUCAAGACCAGGCAUCCCUUGCUCAAAAGACAUUGGUUCCUAUCACUUUGAUAUUCGAUGGCCAGCAAAUAACAUUGGAAAAUGACCCGUCAACACCUCUUUACCGGCUUAGCCGCAAUAUAGCCUGCAAAGUUCAGAAGCAUUGCAGCAUAAUAUUCGAACAGAUCGAGGUUGUCGAGACAUCCCAGCCAGAUGGAAAAGGCUCAAGAAUACGGCAGCGGCCUCAUGAUCUUUAUUACCUUGUGAACUCGCUCCUCAUGCUGCAGCGUCGACACGAUACACCAGCAUGUUAUCUCACCGCUCCAUCGCCUAAGGCCUUGGGUAAUAUCCAGGUCGACGUCUACGAUACUCCUUCACAAUGUCUGAUAUUCAAAGCGAUGCUCAACUCCGACAGAUCAGCAGAUGAUGUCGAAUUGUUCAAAGCUGCUACUCAACAGUUAUUGUUCGAGAUGAGGCCAAAACUAAAAGGAAGCCCUUAUCAGUGGAUAGAUGCAGAUGGACAGAUUAUUGCAUAUGAAUCAGGGCAGGAGGGAGACCACAAGCUCGUAGUUCAAGUUCCAUUACAACAAGACAUCAAGGAUGCCCUGGCAGCACUGUGGACGCUGCGGCUCUGGUAUGAGCAUAUCCUCAAUCAAUCAGAAUGACAGUAAGGGUUAUAGUUGCCUAACAGGUGAGACAUGAAGAGGUAGGCGACUGAUAGUGGUUGGCGGUAAAUGAAAUAGACGGGCAUUUCUCAUAAGUAUCAUACAUAGAAUUAGAUUAUACGCCGCUGAGGAACUAACAUGCACGGCUUGAUAUGGGGGCUUCUACCGCUCAACAUCGCCUGAACUAUGUACCUCAAACGCGACAGUCUUACUAAUGCCGAUCUGCUUCGUGUCCAUCUCAUCAAGAUCAAUAUCCGAAGAAGGGUUUCUGUGG